CGACUAAAAGGGGGUUACACAAACACAUACACACACGUACACACACACACGCACACGCGCGCGCGCGCGCGCGCACACACACACACACACACUCACUGACUAAGAUAUUAAAAGUAUAGAUCGAGUAUGGGAUCUAAAAGUAUGGAACAUAUGGAAGUAAAAGUAUGGAGAAAGUAAGACAAUGAUAAGAUAAUUCAAAAAAUGCGCGGGAUUUGGGGCUGGCAGCAGUGCUGUCAGCCCAUUCCCACGGCGCGUGGCCGAUAGAGUUCGUUGGGUAAAAUGGGGACAGAUUAGUCCCCUAAAGCGCCGCACAGUGGGGUAUUUGCCUCUCAAACGCGGUAAAAACUACUUUAAAAUUUGCUCAAUCUUCACACUGUCAUAACAUUGCUAAAUUUCAUCCAAAUUUGAUGAAACAAAUACCAUUUUAAAGCUUACACUUUCUAUUUUUUAAUAAGUCUAACGUUAUCGCAUUAGGAUAUUUUUUUUAACAAAGGUAUAGAUAUAAAAAAUUAUAAAGUUAAUUAUCCAGAUUGAAAAAAUUAUUUUGUAAUAGCCCAAUCCUUUCUGAAUAAAACAAAAAAAAAUCUAGCUCAAUCGGACAAACAGUUCCUGAGAGAAAAAUUCGUAAGUGAAGCCCGUUUCCGUCCAAAUAGGCAAAAAUUGCAAACUUCGAAGGUCUGUAAUUAUUAAACAAAUUCGAAACCGGCAAAAUGAUGACUUAAACCCCUUCUAAUUUCAUAUGGACUACAACAUAUUUCAUUUAGAACAAAAUCUUCGAUGGUGAUGUCGAAACGUGAUCGGUUUAGCGUUGAAACCGAUGACUCAACAUCGGUGUCAAUAAUAGUAAAAAUCACUGUAGAUACCUGAAUAGCAGCUAGUAGCAGCUAAUUUUUUUUUUAUUUUAAAGGCAAGACUUUGCACUUUCAAAUGAUACCAAACAGAACGCGGGAUUCCACGGGACUUUUUUAAAAAUACACAAUAAAGAUGGAAAAUAUUCAAUACGGUAUAAUUCCGAAAAUAUUAUAGAUAAUUAAAUGAAACUUGGUACAAUUAAAAUACAUACCUGGCACGUUUAAACCCAUCAUAGAUUAAUUAAAUUGAGUGAGAAUUAAAAGCGUAAAUAAUAGUUGUAGUUUUUAAGAAUUACGGAGUUGCCUUCUUUAAACCUCUGUACCCACGUUGAAAAUUAAUAAAUGUGAAAAACAAGUAUACUACAUAGUGGGCCAAAUAUUCAAUUAACUAUUUUCAUAGUACUUUUUGACUUUAGAGAUAAUUUUCUAAAAAUGACUUUUUACCGCGUUUGAGAGGCAAAUACCCCACUGUGCGCCGGCCCCUUAAGGGGCGAAAUGAGAUGGUUGAUGGUUAGCCAAUCACCAGGCACGCAACACUGCCGAAAACGCACUACGAUUCGUCAAACCGUCCCCUCCAAGGACGAUGAUCGCGCGACGGGCCCUUCGACCGUCGAUCUCGCGCAAAAUUCUUCACUCUUGAUCGAUCAAUCGUAAGUACGUGAUCGGGAGCCCGUGUGUCCGAGAGACAGAAUUGUUUGGAAUUUCGUGAUAGUUUUCCUCUGCGGUAAAGACCUCCGCGUAGCGAGGCAGAGUGCCGUGCGAGUUGCAAUAAUCCGAUUCUUAACAAGGACUCAUAGACGCGCACGUUAAAUUUUCCUCCUACCUAAUUUUCUACCUUUUCUUUCCGUUUUUAAAUCGUUGCUCGCGCAUUUUCCAUGUUAAAUUCAUUCACGUAAUAAUAAAUUAUUUAAUCUCGAAAUUCUUUAGUGUUUGUCUCUCGUCGACGUUCUCGUCCGAUAGUUCGUUUUCGCCGCGACAAGUGCGUGAUCGAAAAUCUUACCGUUCUUUGGUGUUCCAGAUCAUCAGGCGAACAUAAAGCGAUAUUAACAAGCGAAUUUAUAAAUCUUGUAUUCAAUUAAAUAGCGUAUCGGUAAGUCGUUUCCAUUACAUUUUUCGAACACGACGUUUAUUUCAACUGGCAAAACGGGCGAUCUGGUCCAGCCCUUCAGGGUUACGAGAGUAUCUCAGGUCAGAUCGUUCCAUCAAACGAGGUAUCGACCGAUUAUAUUCAUUUUGGGUGUUACCAUUUCGCUUUUCCAAUUUCUUGUUAUAAAAGGGGCACCUUAGUCCAGCCCUUUCGAGGGUUACAGGAGUACCUCAGGCUGGGGUGCACCCUCGCCAAUUUCUCGGUAAAUCUAAUCUCGAAUAAAAGGGAAGCGAAAUAGUAAUCACGUUUGCAUGACCGGAAUUUACUCGUAAACGUUUCAAUUGUGAUCUCAGGGCGUUUCCAUAUUAUAAUAUUUUUGUUAACUAAUACUAAGCAUCUUUACCCUUGUUAUCAUCUGCCAUGAACUGGUAUUUUCAAUAUUAACGAGUUUUCCAAAUUUAUUCAGUCUCAAGUUUUGGCAUUUCUUGUAUUUUGUUAUUCAUUGAACCUUUCGUUCAAAAUUAAACCAGUUUCGUUAUCCGAAACAGUUUCAAAUUCAUUUCAAACACAUUCCUACACUUUACAGUCUAAACCACGCUUACCAACGUAUACAGAUUCAAGGAGGGACCCGUACGGGACCCAGAGCGCUGAACGAACCCAACGAAAGGCUAAUAAUCUAAAUUCGAUCUAACAUCGACAGCAUUGGCGACAGCAUUGGCGUGGUGGGGGGAAAGGACCGCGUUGCCAUUUACAGGAUUGCCUCGAAAUAAGCAACUCGCUCGGGACUCAUAGAAACGGACCUCUCACUCAUUUCUCGGACCUCUCACUUUGCGAGCGACUUCAAGCAAAGAAGAGGGGAUACCGUGUUGCGUAUUUUGAAGAAAUAUUUUGAAAGUUAUUUCGAGGCAAUCCUGCACUACUUCUUUCUUAGACGUAGAAGAUCUUGAAAAACUAAAUUUCUAUCGAUAUUUUCAAUCAUUUGUGCAACAAAUAAGCCCCAAUGGCAAAUAAAAAACGUACAAAUCAGACGUUUCCGGGUAGGAGAAGGCUCUCCCUCAAAAGAACUUAUAGAAAACUGCGACAAAAACAAUGGCAAUCGUCGGCAUCGACGAUUGAACCUACUGCAGUUUUCAAAGAGAGAAAUUCUCUCCCGGGAAAACGUUGUGUAUCGAAAAAUGUGAAGGAGGUUGGUCAGACAGAUAUGUCAGACCCCCUACUAGUUUGUAAAUAUCAUAAUAAUGAUCCUUCGUUUAUCUCAAACGAUCCUAAAGAUGCGGGGCGCAUCUCAUCAGAAAACGCCCUUCGCAAAAACGAUGAAACUGUCGUACAAUGCGAAUGUACAAGUGACAGAUACACUGUACAAAACGUCUUGGACAAUAGCGACAACAAUCUCGUCGUAGACGUCGGACACGUAGAUGUGGGACGUAUUUCGGAAAAUGUGCCAGAAGGCCGCCGCAUUGUUGACGUUCAGUUCUUUUGGAAUGAAAUACAUAGAACGUUUGACAAUCAUGCGCGAGGUAUUGAAUGUCAUUUUCGCGAUUGGAAAAUGAUCGGUAGUUGCCAGCAUGGGUGUCUCACACAGUUUUUCUUCAAGUGCCAAAUGUGCAAUUACGAAGAUACUGUUUGGUCGGAACCUAUGCAUUCAGAUAUAAUGAAUGUAAAUGAGGCCAUGACGACCGCGACUGUUACAGUCGGAAUCGGCUACGCAAAACUGGAAGAAUUAUGCGCCGCCUUGAAUAUGCCUUGUAUGGCUGAAACGGCGUAUCUGAGGUAUCGUGAAAAACUUGUAGAUGAAUUUAUGAAAAGCGCAAUACAUAUCCAGCUUUUACUGUAUUUCACAGGUUAUUUCGACGCCAUAUUGACUUCUAUCUGUAAUGUAAUUGGUCCGUAGAAAUGAGUAUUAAAAGUACUUGCAACUUCCGCUUACCUUAUUUAAUUCAAAUGGUUAAAAAGUAUAUUGUCUUCUGAUGGCAUCCAUCAUUGAUUCCAUCAAAUCAAUUUGAUUUCGAAAGCAGAACUUACGCCAUAGGUACUCGCAAAUAUGGUGAGCAAAAUCUUCGUCAUGAAAACGGGCUCUUCCCCGCCUCCGAUCCUUUGCUGGCCGCCAAUUGGAUUCUAUUUGUUGGGUGUGAGUACCAUCAGUUCCUAUCAAAUCCGAGGGUAUAUUAUUUAUAAAAAAAAAACUAACCUUAGGUAUACCGGCUGUGCUGUACUCCGCCCUAACCCUAACCCUAACUCUAACCCUAGAAAUAGUAAAAAAUGCCAAUUAUAAUAGAAAUCGAAUGAAAACCAAGUUUAGACUAAUUUACCUACAAAUUCCACGCUAUGGUUUAUUACUGAUUUGUGAAUAAAGCCUUCUUCAGCAAGUCCUACGUAGCUUCUGAAGCAGUCGGUGUGAAUUUCACUACCGGUGAUAACGUUUUCUUUAAUUAUGGGAAUUAGGGUUGCCGCUUCACGAUUUUCAACAAGCAUCAUUCGGCAAUCUUUCGUAUAAGUAUCCACCAUGCCUAAGACCCAAUGGCCCUCAACUCUCCGGUCACGGUUGUACUUUCUUUUACCAAAUUUGGCUUCGUCAAUCUUUCAAAUAACAUAAAAAUUGCAGUAAUCAAACGGAAUAAGAAAUCAUACAAAAAUAUAAGGAUAUAGAAUUGUAACAUAAAGUACCUGAACUAUAAUAGGAGACCCCGAUUCCGUAAUUCCGCCUAAUUUUGGUUUUCCAUUUUGAAUACUGGAGAAAUGAUCCACUACCAUUUCCCGGCAGUAAUGAAAUCAUUCCGCAAUUGUUGCAGACGAUAACAAAGUGGAGUUGUUUUCGAUAUCGUAUAACUCAUGUACCGUAUACUCAUACGAAAAAUCUCGUGAAAAGCAAUAAAUCAAUCUUAAAAAAAUAAGUAACAUCAGAAACAGUUUGAAGAAUGCAUUAAUUAAUCGUCGAAAUUACAAAAAUCAGUUGAAUGUUACCUUAUCGCUUUGUCUAACGGCAGGUGAAUGUCUUCAAAAAAGGAAUCUAUGGUCGCUGCAAAUUGUUUGCAUUUGUCGCGACUGUCACGUAGAAAGUUCACAGGUUUUUAAAUGAAUAGCACUUUUAAAGGUUUAGCACUUUAUUUUUAUAAUAUGAUCCCGACUGACUCUGCUUAUGUCCGGUAAGGUCUUUUAUAAUGUCGUUGGUGGUGGAGAAGGGGCCGAUGAUUGACAAGGUGGGAUGUCCGUGACAACGCGUUUUAUCGAAUACUUAAGUAGGUGGUCGUAAUAUGAUGUUUAGGUGUCCGGUCUUGAGGAGUUCAAUUGUUCGAAUAUCGAUCGUUUAGGCGGGUGGCUGUAACACGAUGUUUGUCCGAUCGUGGGAAGAAUUCGAUUAACGUACGUUUAGGCGGCUGGUCGUAACACGACCAACGACACAUCGAAAGCGACCAAUUCCGUGGUCUAAUGCAAACAAUUUCAUCGCCUUCCGAUGAACACGACACGUUUUAGUCACCCGCAAUUAUCUAUUUUCGCGAGCCCAUGCAACAGCCGCUUCUGUCGACUGAGGCAAAUUGGUAAAAUUCCAUUUAAUACUUUGCAUGAUAAAGGAAAACCUUAGGAAAAGACGAGAAUUGCGAGGUACAGACGGAGAAACAAUGUAAGCUACAGGUAGUAAAACAAAACACGUGAAAAAUGUAACAAAAAACAUUUUAUUAAAAUGUGACAAAAGACAUUUUAUUCAAAUGUUCGCCUAAACGGCCGCCAUUCAUGUAAUUCUGUUUUACCGACGGCGACUCCACUCAUUGGACGACAACCGGCUACAAGUCAAUAUGGCGUCGAAAUAACCCGUGAAAUACGCUCAAAACGCUCACCUUUACACACGUAUAACUUUCGAACCGAUGGAUUCUGCACCUUAAAACUAGGAUUUUUAGAUUCUACUCGUUAAAUACUUCAAGAAUAUAAAAAAAGGCCAUCAUUUUUGGGCCCCUGAGGUAAAAUUCAGCCCUAUUUCUUUUUAAAUCAGUCAAAAGCAGCACAAAACUCAACAGUUAUUAUGGUAAUUGUUUCACAAACUUGUAUUCACUUCAUGCACUUUGGUAAAUAAAUUAUUUUAAAAAA